GACAGGGAAAUUUACUACACAGCAGUAAGCCAAAUCUAGAUACACAUGCAAUUGAAGUGAUGGAUCAAGAAAACCACUCGACGGUGACUGAGUUUAUCUUUGUGGGCAUCACUCAGGACCCUCAGCUGCAGAUCAUCUUCUUCGUGGUCUUCCUCGUCGUCUACCUGGUCAAUGUAGUGGGGAAUGUCGGUAUGAUUAUCCUUAUCAUAACAGACACUCGGCUUCAUACACCCAUGUAUUUUUUCCUCUGCAACCUCUCCCUUGUUGACCUGGGCUACUCCUCAGCCAUUGCCCCCAGGAUGCUGGCUGACUUCCUAACAAAGUACAAGGUUAUCUCCUUCUCCAGCUGUGCCACCCAGUUUGCUUUCUUCGUAGGUUUUGUGGACGCUGAGUGCUACCACNUCCUGGCUGCCAUGGCUUAUGACCGCUUUGUGGCCAUCUGCCGACCCCUCCACUAUAGCACUCUCAUGUCCCAGCGGGUCUGCCUGACGCUCAUGCUAGGCUCAUACCUGGCUGGUAUAGUGAGUUUAGUAGCCCACACUUCCCUCACCUUCAGCCUGCGUUACUGUGGCUCCAAUAUCAUAAACCAUUUCUUCUGUGAAAUCCCACCGCUCUUGGCCCUCUCUUGCUCAGACACCUACAUCAGUGAGAUCUUGCUUUUCAGUUUAUGUGGCUUCAUUGAGUUCAGCACUAUCCUCAUCAUCUGUGUCUCCUAUUUUUUUAUCCUUAUUGCAAUCCUCAGAAUGCGCUCAGCUGAAGGCCGCCUUAAGGCUUUCUCCACCUGUGCGUCUCACCUGACUGGUGUCACCCUUUUCUAUGGCACAGUCAUGUUUAUGUACCUGCGGCCCACAUCCAGCUACUCCCUGGACCAAGACAAGUGGGCCUCUGUGUUCUACACUAUUAUCAUUCCCAUGUUGAAUCCUUUGAUAUACAGUUUGCGGAAUAAGGAUGUGAAAACUGCUCUCAAAAAGCUAAUUGGAAAAAAACCUCAAUGA